AUGGCUGCACGCUCCUACCGACUUGACUCUAAUGGACCGGAAAAACGAAUCUAUCGAAGUAUCUUGGAUUCCACCAGUUGUCCUCGAAGCUCUGGACAUCAUUUUGUAAUCACUCAACACCUAGUCAAAGUCUACGACUUGUCCGGAAACAUGUCAACCAAUAAGAGGUCAAUCUCAGUUCCAAUUCCUUUGACACGUCUACAAAUUGACGGUUUGAAACCUGCAACUGCUUAUAAUGUCACAGUUCAAGCCGGAACUAGCUAUGGAUACGGUAACAAAGUUUGGUGUGCUUAUGCCACGUUGGAUACGGAUGAAGCGAAUAUUCUGAAGCUGAGAGCAAGAACCCCUAACUCACUUACGGUGUACUGGCCAGCAAAUUGGCUAACAAAAGCCACUUCUAAAUUUACGAUCAAAGCGAAAACGAUUCAUUCUCCAACUGGAAUUUUCAAAGAAAUUGAAAACUCGGCGAUUGGAGAACCUGGCAAAGCUCAUGAGUUUGUUGUGGAUAAUCUACUUCCAUCGAGCACCUACAAUAUCACCAUAACGACAAUCGGCGAUGGAAAAGUCUACGGUGGUUAUGUCAAUUAUCCACUUCGAUCUGAAAAAGACCCGAGAUGGACCCUUAUCCCUGUGACCCAAAGUGAAAACGAAAUGAUCGAACCACAUCUCAAAACAUGUGGAUUCAAUGAACAAGGAUCUUUUAACUGCGAUAUGACACUGUCUGAAGUCUUGACUCAUAUCCCAAUUGUUCUCGUCUCCGCUGGUUUCUUAAUUCUCAUCCUUGUUAUAUUCUUUAUCUGCCUGGCGAUUUUCUGCUUUUUGAGAAAUUCGUGUCAGGAAAAGCCAGGAGUUGAAGAAUCCGCUCUGAUGUACUACCGAAGUGAUUCGCCGAAUACAAUUUCCACGUGUCGAGAAUAUCGAAAAAUUGAGAGAAGAGAGUUCAAUGCAUCAGAUAUGGAAGAGCGAAUGCGGUUUCGAGAUCAUGAGAAUUAA